AUGGACGAACAAGAUGUCCUGUUGUCCAACUCUGGCAGCUCACUGACCAAUCUCCCGGAACCAUCAUCUUCCUCGUCCUCUGCGCCACCGCCGGCUAAGAAGAAGUCGUCGCGCAGGGGAGGCGACUCGGUGUCACAGAAGCGGCGCUGCGUGAGCACGGCAUGCAUCGCGUGCCGCCGGAGGAAAUCGAAAUGCGACGGAGCCGUACCCAGCUGCGCUGCGUGCGCCAGCGUUUACGGUACCGAGUGCGUCUAUGAUCCGAACUCAGACCACCGCCGUAAGGGCGUCUACAAGGAAAAGGUCGACAGCAUGAAGGCGCGCAAUUCGACCCUUCAGAUCCUCAUCGAGGCCAUCCUCAAUGCCAACGAGGACGAGGUUCCCGACAUUGUGAAGAGGAUCAGGACCUGCGACAGCCUCGACACCGUCGCCGAGCAGAUCUUGAAACAUGAGGCUAUGAUUCAGGAAGCCGAGGACAAUGACAACGGAGACGACGGAUACACAAUCGACAUGCCCGUCGAGGGUGAGAGGGAACUCGCCCGCAAGAUGGGUGAGCUACGCCUCGAAAACGGCUCAGUACGCUUCAUCGGAGGCACAUCUCAUCUCAUCUACCUCGGCGACUCGGGCGACGCCAACACAAACGAGCCCGAGUCCGACACGAACCUCACCAAUGAGGACCCCGUCACCAGCUGGACGAGAGUCUCCCAAGAUAAGCAACUCAUCGCCCACCUCAUGAACAUGUACUUCAACUGGCACUACACAUAUUUCACGACAUUAUCCAAAACAUUAUUCUACCGUGACUUUUUCAAAGGGAAGCACGGGCUAAAUUACAAAGGCACUAUCUAUUGCUCACCACUCCUAGUCAACGCCAUGUUAUCCCUUGGGUGUCACUUUACGAGCGUGCCAGGGGCGUACGGGACACCGGGGGAUAGCCGCACAAAGGGCGACCACUUUUUCGCCGAGGCGAAGCGCCUCAUUGUCGAGAACGACGAGUACGAGCGGCCCAAGCUCACGACCGUCCAGGCCCUGGCGCUCAUGUCCGUCCGGGAGGCCGGCUGCGGCCGGGAGGCGAAAGGCUGGGUGUACUCGGGCAUGGCCUUCCGGAUGGCCCAGGACAUUGGCCUCAACUUUGACGACGGCGGUCUGUCCAACGACAAGGAGAACCUCGGCGAGCACGCCGUCGACGCGAGGCGGAUGACGUUUUGGGGGUGCUUCCUCUUUGACAAGGCCUGGUCCAACUACCUGGGCCGCCUACCGCAGAUACCAAAGAACUCGUACAACGUGCCAAAGUACGACGUCUUUCCCUCUGAGGAUGCCGAAUUGUGGGCGCCGUAUACGGAUACCGGGUUCGAUCAGACAAGCAGUCAGCCAUCGAGGACACGAGCCGUGGGAUUGCAGCUCUCCAAGCUGUGUGAGAUAAGCAGUGAUUUGCUUUUAUUCUUUUAUCAUCCGAACCACAUUGGCCGCUCGAGUGGGAAAUCUGUCGAGCUCAAGAAGCUGAGUGAGCUUCACCGCAGGCUGGAGGACUGGCGAAAAGAGUUACCAAACGAACUGGAACCCAAGGAAGGACAACUUCCCAACGUGAUCCUCGUGCACAUGUUCUUCCACCUCCAGUACAUCCACCUCUUCCGCCCUUUCCUGAAAUACACACCAGCGGCAUCCCCCCUCCCAUCCCAUGUCUCCCCGCGGCGCAUCUGCACCGCCAACGCGGGCGCCAUCUCCAAGCUCAUGCGCCUCUACAAGAAGACGUGGAACCUGCGCCAGAUCUGCAACAUUGCCGUCUACAUGGUCCACAGCGCCUGCACGAUCCACAUGCUCAACCUGCCCGAGAAGACGGCCAAGCGCGACAUCAUCCACGGCGUGAAGCACCUCGAGGAAAUCGCCGAAGACUGGCUGUGUGCGCGCCGCACCCUGAGCAUCAUCAGCGUACUAGCGCGCAAGUGGAAGGUCGAGCUGCCCGACGAGGCCGAGGCCGUGCUUAAGCGGACGGACGAGACGUACGGCACGUUUAGUACGUCGGACGUGCCGUCCCCGCACUCGAAUCUUACUAUUGCGUCGUCGCCUUCGCCAACGCAGUUGCCCGUGUCGCCGGUGAUGGGGGGGAAGCCGGCUCAGUAUAGCCCGCUCAACCAGUAUGCGGCACAGCCGCAGUCCGGCGAUCAGGAUGCGGCGCCCAGCCCGACGGAUCUGCUGAUGGCGAGACCGACGUCUCAUCAACCUCACGCCGGCGGCAGUACCGGAAUGGGCAUAGGGCCGAAUUCCCUAGGCGGAUGGUCCCAAGCAGGCCUCGCCCAGUCAAUACCGACGUACCAGCAACAACGCUUCAACACAAUGACCACUGCCCCUCAAAACACACACACCCUCGCCCCGUCGCAGAAUACCCGCACCGGACCCGCCAGCGCCCGGCAACUAUCACCCGGCCAGGUCUUCCAGGGACUGGACCAGGAUUGGUUCCUCAACGAUGGCGCCAAGUGGCACCAGAACUUUGAGGCGUGGAAUAUGGCGGCCCAGCCCGGCGGCGGGAUGCCGGCGAGCGAUCAACUGUUCAUGUUCUCGAGCGGCAACGGGGCUAUGCAGCCGCCGAGGCAAUCGUCUGAGGAUACGGCGAGUCCUAAUUUUGAGGGUUUGAAUUCGUUGGAUACCAGUGGGUGGCUGCCGGGUCUGGAUUAG